GAUACAUAGAGCAGACCAUCAUAAUCUUCAUCAUCAUCAUCAUUACAAUCAUCAUCACAGACUGGAGUGUGAACUUUGAGCAGUUUUUACUUUAUUUAGGACUGAUCUGAGACUCCUGAACUCCGUCAUGAAGAGUCACCAGAGUUUGCUGCGCUUCUUCUGCGUCUUGUGUUUCUGUUUGUGCGCUCGGGCACUCGCAGCUCGGGAAUGCGCCCCAUGCGCGCUCCGCUCGUGUCCGCCGGCCAGCGCACUCGGAUGCGAUUCUGGCAGGGUUCUGCUGCGGGACCCGUGCGGGUGUUGUGAGCAGUGUUCCCGGCUGGAGCUGGAGCUGUGCGGGGGUCCGGACUGGACUUUGGGCUCCUGCGGAUCCGGACUGUCCUGCACCGCGCUCAACAGAAGCGGAGCGGCGCGCGCACCUGAGACAGGUGUAUGUAGAGCAGUGGACGAUGCUGCAGAUCUACUGGAGGUGAAUAUGGAGUUGUGUCCUGUGGUGAGCGGCUGUGAGCGUGUGGACGGACAGUGUGUGUGUGACUCCAGACGCUCCUGCACACACACAUACAGCCAUCCUGACAGAGACACCUGUGUGCGCACCUGGAGAACAGGCUCCCGUCGUCAUGACCACAGACACAGGGACAGGAUUGUUGGUCCUGCUGCCAGCCCGGCGUGUGUCUUUUCUGGCUGUAAUCUGACAGCUGACGGGUGUGUGUGUUCGUCUCAGAGCUGCUACGAUCACUUCAGCUUCUCCAACCGCAGCCAGUGCCAAAGAGCUGCAGUGUCCCCCAGGUGUGUGCACAACGGUCAGCAGUUCUCGGAGGGUGAGCUGUACCGUAUGGACCCGUGCUGGUUGUGUCAGUGUCGAGGAGGAGUCUCCUUCUGCUCUAAGGCUGAGUGUGCCGAGCUGGACUGCCAGAACUCCUACAUUCCUGAAGGAGAGUGCUGUCCCGUCUGCAUAGAUGUGCAGCUGCUGUCAGUGGAGAGCAGUAAGGCGAGCUGCUGGUUCAGUGAGCGUCUGCGAGCGCACGAGGAUCAGUGGAAGGAGGACGACUGCACCUUCUGUCAGUGUGUGGACGGAGAGACUCACUGCACCGCCAUGGCCUGCAAACAGAGCUGCCACAACCCCGUCCACAUCCCCGGAGAGUGCUGUCCCUUCUGUGAGGAGCCGUCAUAUGAGACUGUGAGUCCACUGCUCUGCCCACCGCUGCAGAACUGCUCUCUGUCUGAACACCACUGCCCAUACGGCUUCCAGCAAGACCCCAGCGGCUGUCUGCUCUGCCAGUGUGUCAACAAUGAAACCUGUCCUGAUGUGUCCCUGUACUGCUCUCUGGACUGUCCCAUGGGUUUCGAGAAGGACAGCUAUGGUUGUGAAUUGUAUGAAACCUGUCCUGAUGUGUCCCUGUACUGCUCUCUGGACUGUCCCAUGGGUUUCGAGAAGGACAGCUAUGGUUGUGAAUUGUGUGAGUGUAGUGUUUCUAUACCGAAGUGCCGACCCAUGACCUGCAGCAAGACGUGCCCGUAUGGAUUUGUCAGGAAUAAGCACGGCUGUGAGAUGUGCCGCUGCGUCAGGUGUCCUCCGUUCAGCUGUGAGAAAAUCUGCAGCGGCGGCUUCAAGAAGAGCAGGAAGGGCUGCAGCGUCUGUGAGUGUAAAGACUCAGAGGUGUUGGUCUCCAGCACCAGCUCCUCCAUCACCAGCGUCUCCUCGUCCUCCUUCAGCGGGUGUGUGUUAUCAGGCGGCCAGCGGCUCCAGGAUGGGGAGGUUUGGCAUGACGGCUGCCGGGACUGUUUCUGCCAUGCUGGACGAGAGAUGUGUGUGCUGAUCUCAUGUCCUGUGCCCGCAUGCGCAAACCCGGUGCUCCGAGAAAACUAUUGCUGCCCGGCCUGCGACGAGGAGUCAGGCAGUGGUCAGCCAGAGCCCGAGGACCUGCUGGUGUGUCGGUCUCCCGCCGGUCAGCUGUAUGUGGAGGGAGAGUCGUGGAGCCUGGACGCCUGCAGCCGCUGCACCUGCAGACGAGGACGAGUGCUGUGUGACUCUGAGAUCUGUCCACCGCUGCUCUGCCACACACCUGUCAGGAGCACAGACAGCUGCUGCUACACCUGCCCAGAGGAUGGUCUGGAGCUCCCGGUGGACGUCACUCAGCAUGAUUUCUGUGUGUCCAGCAGCGGUGAGGUUUUGCGGGCUGGAGACUCGUGGAAGGAGAACCCCUGCACCAGCUGCACAUGCAGGAACGCCAGUGUCCAGUGCUUCUCCCAGCGCUGUCCAUCCGUUCACUGCAGAGUCCCAGUGCUGCGCAAGGGCCAGUGCUGCCCUCAAUGCCUCGAUGUCAGCUCUACUACAGCUCCAGUGUUUGUGUCGAGCGCAGGAGCUGAACAGCAGACCACUGAGAGCUCCUGGACUACAGCAACACUGAUCAGUGCCACAGAUCCGGCACAGGCUGCCCCGGGUCAGAUGGAGACGUGGUUCAUCUAUCAGUCUGCAGCCUGGAUUCUGUCCGGGAUCCUGCUGGCGCUGCUGGUCUUCAUGAUCGCCGUGAUCCUGCUCAACAGGAGGAAAAGCUGCGUCCAGAUGUCCUGCUACAGCGCACCCAAAAAGACGGUGAUCCUGAAGAAGCAUGUGAACAUGAACUCGGUGGUGUACAUGGAGCCGUCGAGAGAGAACUCUUUCCAGAGCGAGUCGGAGCGUUUCUCCAUCCCUCGAGCCAAACUGGCCAACACAAAUGUCCAGCGCUAAACCCUGAGCGGAUCAACCAGUGCUUUAUUCAGUGUCGUCUCACUCCACGGCGGAGAAAACCAGCAAACGCUCAGAACAGCAGCGCUGAUCAGCACCAGAGCUGGACCUCAGUCUCCACAGGCCUUACAGGACAGUCUGACCACCUGUACAUUACUGUUAGAGACGCACAGGAAACACACACUGACUACACAACGCCAGCCUGCAGCCCAGACACAUCCUACAGUCAUGUAGAGGAAAUACUCGUGUUUAUGAACCAUAUUAAAGUCUGUUAUACUGUAAAUGUAUAAUAGUAUUUACAUUUCUUUGUUAAUGAAUGCUCCAGCAUACUCUAGUAUUAACUAUAGCCAACUGGUGUGAUGAAUACUGUAGUGUACAUUCGUUUUUACUACAGUAAACUGUCACAAUAGAUCAAUUACUGUGGUUGUUCUGUUUCCAUAGCAACUAUAGAAUCGCCACAACAGAUCAUUUAUUAUAUUUGUUGUGUUACCAUAGCAACUGUAGAAUCACCAUGACAGAUUAAUUAUUAUAGUUGUUGUUAGCAUAGCAACUGUAGAAUUACAACAUAUCAAUUUCUAAAGUUACUGUUACCAUAGCAACUGUAGAAUCGCCACAACAGAUCAGUUACUUUUGUUGUUACCAUAGAAACUAGAAUCGCUGCAAUAGAUCAGUUACUUUUGUUGUUACCAUAGCAACCGUUGAAUCACAAUAACAGAUCAAUUAUUGAAGUUGUUACCAUAGCAACUGUAGAAUUACAACAUAUCAAUUUCCAAAGUUACAUAGCAACUGUAGAAUCGCCACAACAGAUUUCUAAAGUUACAUAGCAACUGUAGAAUCGCCACAACAGAUCAGUUACUUUUGUUGUUACCAUAGCAACUGUUGAAUCGCCAUAACAGAUCAAUUACUGAAGUUUUUGUGUUACCAUAGCAACUGCCGAAUCGCCAUAACAGAUCAAUUACAAAAGUUGUUGUGUUACCAUAUCAACUGUAGAACCACCACAACAGAUCAAUUAAAGCUGGUGUGUUACCAUAGCAACUGUAAAAUUGCCACAACAGAUCAAUUACUGUAAUUGUUGUUACCAUAGCAACUGUAGAAUCACUACAACAGAUCAGUUACAAUAGUUGUUACCAUAGCAACUGUAGAAUCGCCACAACAGAUCAAUUACUGUAAUUGUUACCAUAGCAACUGUAGAAUCGCUACAACAGAUCAAUUACUGUUGUUGUUACCAUAGCAACUGUUGAAUCGCCACAACAGAUCAAUUACUGUAGCUGUUGUUACAAUAGCAACUGUAGAAUCGCCACAACAGAUCAAUUACUAUGGUUGUUGUGUUUCCAUAGCAACAAUAGAAUCGCCUCAACAGGUCAAUAACUUAAGUUAUUGUUACCAUAGCAACUGUAAAGUCACCACAACAGAUCAGUUACAAAUUUUUUUAGGUAUACCAUAUUACUAUAGUUGUGUUACUUUAGACACUAUAUACUCACCUUAACUUUUGAAUUGAAGUACUUUACUAGUACUCUUUGUUAGUAUGGUUCAAAACACUACAGUAUUUACUAUGAAUGACUAGUAUGUUUUUCCACAUGAGAUUCCUCCAGAGUAAAGCCGUUUACAUAUAAAGCAUUAUACACUCUAUUCUUAACUCUUUCCCUGUCAGUGUUUUUUUAUAAGAAUUAAUAAUAAUAAUGUUGCAUCUCCGGCAGCAUUUUGCAUGAUUUUCGCCUAAAUUUGUCUGCCCUCAGAAAAUGUUUUGCUAUGAAUAUAUUUUAUAUAUCACAACUUUUAAACAAAACAAAAGCUUGUUUUUCCUGUUUAAUCUUUUGAAUGUAGAUGACUUUGAACCAAAAAUACAACCAUU